AUGGCGCAAGAGAAGAAAGUGAUGAGAAGCCCCAGGAUCCCGCGGAGCCCAAAGAUACCAAAAGUGAAGAGCCCGAAGAUCCGGGACACGAGAGCUGCCAAGGCUAAGGUCAAGAAGGACCACAAGGAGAAGCCCAAGACAAGCGGUAGAAGCAAGGAGAAGAGGGUCCUUUCUCUGAACCGGAAAAUCUUCCUUGCGAUCCGCUGUGUCGUCCCUGGCGAAUCUACUGUUUCCAGCACGGGCAUCUGCGUGGAGGAGAAGGCCAUUCUCCGAGAUGUUCUGGACUGCUGGGCGUCUGGAAUCUUUGCCGGCCUUUCGUUGCCGAAGGAG